AUGCCCUCCCCACCCCCCUCCGCCUCCAUCCUCCCGCGCACGACCUACACCCUCACAACCACGAAAUCCCGCCCCGGCGACGGCCUCCAAGGCAUGACCGUCGAAUGCGAAGCCGUCUCCAUGGUCCCCAAAGUCCCCAUCUGGCCCGCCGACGCCCCCGUGCCCGAAUGCCACAAGAAAGACUCCAUCGUCUCCGCAUCCUCCAAGGGGAAGGGGAAAGGCAAGGAGAGGAGGAUGAGUAGUUCACAAGCAGCUGAUGGUGAAGGCGACGACGAAAACAGCGGCGAGUCAUCCGAAUCCUCAUUCCAUAACGACGAGUUGCUGGAUAUAAACUGCCAACCCCUCGUCAAAUCAACUUCGCGAAUCUCCCGCUUCUCCGCCUACGGGAUCUCCGCGCCAGAGUCACCCAGACGGACGUCAUCGUCAACCACCGCCGUCGGCGACGACGAACCGGGGGAAUGGUGGCUGGAGAAAAAACGCCGUCUGAGCAACACAUCGUUCGUCUCCCCCGCCGGGCGCCGCGCAAGUCUGAGCUACGGCACAGUCGAUUCCGCGAAGCUGGAGAGGGGUCUGUGUAAACGGUGUUUCCAGCCACGGAUUCCAGAAGCGACGUUUGAGAGGCAGAAUCGCAGGGAUGCCUGCCUGACGGCGACGUGGAUUUGUUUGGCGAAUGCGGUUUUCCCGUUUUGUGGGGCUGGGAUGGUUUGGUGGAGUAUCGGGCAUCCGGAGCAGCCUGGGCCGGGGUUUGUGAGUUUCGAGUUGUUGCUUUGUUGUUGUGAUUUGGGGGGUUGA